AGGGAAGGAGGAAGUCAGUGGGACAUCUGGAGGAGGAGGAUGCCAGACACACCGUGCAGGGAAGGAGCCAGAGAAAGGAAGCGAGAGGCCGGAGGGGUGGCACUUGACUCACUAACACCACAGGCGUGACUCCACAGAAGCUUCUCCUGGCUCCUGCUUUUUCCUAAACAAGGUGGAGAAAGCGCAGAUUCCUAAGCCAGGUUGUCAGAACUGCUGACUGAGAGGGCGAGCAGCUGUGUGCUGUGCUGGACCCUCCAUUCUACACCGAGUCAGCGUGGGAAGGACAGACCUCUAGUGGCAGAUUUCUGCAGAUUUUCAUUUCCAGUCCUCCCACCUGCACCCUCUCACGUGUUCAGAAUCCGCAAGCAGGAUAUAGAUCUUGUCCACGUGCUGUGCCUGUUCAUUCCCUCGACAGCUUUAUCCUCCAGACAGGAUUCAGGUGUCAAGAUGAAGUUCUUCAUCUUAUCUACCUUGUUCCUGGUGACUGGUGCUGUUUUCUUUUUUGAUGAAGACCUGCAAGAAUCAGAUAAUCUUCUCUACUUAAUGUACCUGAAUUCCAGUUACCAGCCCUGUGUGGGGACUCUGAUUGCUCCUAAGUGGGUAUUAACAGCUGCACAAUGCUUCUUACCAGAUCUCCAGAUUUUCUUUCACGGUGGUUCUAGAGUUGUUCAAGACUCUUCUGGGGAGAUUCUGUCUUAUGAGAAGAUCAUAAUUCACCCAAACUUCACUGUCACUUCCCCUAAAAAUGACCUUAUGCUGAUAAAGUUGUCAAUGUCUCUCACCUUCUUCUAUAACAUGGAAUUUCGGUUGCCUACUUUCAAGAUGAGUGGAGUUAACAGCUGCUUAAUUCCUACGUGGGUACAGAAUAAAGAAUACGAUGGAAAUUCAGAGUUCGUCCAGCAUACCAUUAAGACUUUCAUGCAUUCUGAUGCAAACUGUGCAAAAUUGCUGGGUAGCAAAUUCCUGGAAGACAUGUUUUGUGUGGGCUUCGUUCCAGGAAGCAGAGAGUACUGCCAGGGAAUAAGAGCUGCACCAGCUGUAUGUGGCAACGAAUUACAAGGAAUCAUGUCCUGGGAAACUGGCUGUGUUCUGAUGGGAUACAUUAGUGCCUUCACUAAUAUCUAUAACCACCUUCCUUGGAUUAACAGCAUUAUUAAUACGAAAUAAGCUGAUUCACACCUCCACGGACACCCUCCCCCUCAGCUGAUCUAUGGAAACCACACUGGGCAUCUAGUCCCAACCUUUGAGAAGAUCCAGGUUUAAUUAAAACUGCAAUAGGGGUCAUUGAUAA